AAUAGUUCAAAAAAAAAGAGAAUGCUGUAUUUAAAUAAUUAAUACAUACAUACUUAUCUCGCUCCUGCAAUAUAUAUACAGUAACUGAUGCAAGCCAUGGCCAACAAAUUAAUUAAACUGGUAAUCUGAAAAGGACCGUACCCCAACACAUGUCAUUCAAUUAAUAAUUUAAUAUGCAACAUAACAGUAUUGCUCCCGAGUCGCAAACGAUAUUGUGCAACGGUUAAUAUUGUAUUUGGGCAUCACUUCUUAUAUUCCUGAAGCGAAGACUGAAGAGUGUACGUGUAUACCUCCCUGCAGCGGAGGGUCCAUGAUCAUAGGCUCCAUCGCGUCCAUAUGCAUACAGUACAACACAUAUAUAUGAUAUGAAUUUUUUUGGGUGCAAGGAUCAUCCCCAGCACCUUCCUAUUAAUGGUGAUGACAUGCACAGCAACAAUCACACUUCCACCAGCCGUUCCUCCGACUCCGGCGAUCCUUCCCCCGACUCUAAAUGGGCCCCUAAGCUCCUCAGAGACUGCGCCAGAGCCAUCUCCGACGGCGACUCCCCCAGAAUCCACCAUCUCCUCUGGAUGCUCAACGAGCUCGCCUCCCCUUACGGCGACUGCGAUCAGAAAUUGGCCUCCUACUUCCUCCAAGCCCUUUUCUGCAAAGCCACCGAGUCCGGCCCGCGAUGCUUCAGGACUCUCUCCUCCGUCGCCGACAAAUCCCACUCCUUCGAUUCCGCCAGGAAGCUGAUCCUCAAGUUUCAGGAGGUCAGCCCCUGGACGACCUUCGGACACGUGGCUUCCAACGGCGCUAUUCUGGAAGCCCUGGAGGGCGAGACCAACCUUCACAUAAUCGACAUAAGCAACACUCUAUGCACGCAGUGGCCUACCCUGUUGGAAGCCCUGGCCACCCGAAGCGACGAAACUCCGCACCUGAAGCUGACCGUCGUUUUGACGGGCGGGAUCGGAAGCACAGGGGCAGGGUCGGUGAUGAAGGAAGUCAGGCAGAGGAUGGAGAAGUUUGCGAGGCUAAUGGGAGUCCCUUUUGAGUUGAAGAUGAUAAGCGGAUUGAAUCACCUGGGAGAGCUGACCAAGGAGGACUUGGGGGUGCAAGAGGAGGAGGCAGUGGCCGUGAACUGCGUCGGAGCCUUGAGAAGAGUGAGAGUGGAGGAGAGAGGAGGAGUGAUCGGAUUGUUCAGAUCGCUGAAUCCGAGGGUGGUGACGGUGGUGGAGGAGGAAGCAGAUUUUACGAGCAACAGGGACGAGUUUGUGAAGGGUUUUGAAGAGUGCCUGAGGUUCUUCUCGCUCUACUUUGAGACGCUGGAGGAAAGCUUCGGGGCGACGAGUAACGAGAGACUGAUGCUGGAGAGGGAGUGUUCGAGGAGCAUAGUUAGGGUUUUGGCAUGCGGGGACGACGAGGAGGAGGCGGGAGGAGAUCACGAUGAGUGCGAGAGGAGGGAGAGAGGGAGGCAGUGGAGUGAGAGGAUGAAGCACGAGUUUCGGCACGUGGCCUUCAGCGACGACGUUUUGGAUGAUGUGAAGGCGUUGCUCAAGAGGUACAGGCCGGGAUGGUCGCUGGCGCUGCCUCCACCGGAAGACGCCUCCUCCUCCUCCUCCUCCGGAAUUUACUUGAACUGGAAGGACGAACCUCUGGUGUGGGCUUCCGCAUGGAAACCCUAGCUACCUACCUCCCUCAAUUCUCCCUACUUCAAGACAUCCAUACCUCUGAUCCUUUGUUGUUUUCGUUUUACAAACAUUUAUACAAGGAUUGCUGGCCAAUGUGUAGGCCAAAAAAAUGAGGGAAAGAAAGAAAGACUGAAGCGUACAUGCAUGAUCAUGAUGAAGAACUGAAUCUGCCUAUAGCUGAUCAAUUAAUUAAUCUGCGUGUGGUAUUGCUAUAGAUAUAAAUAAUGAUAUAUGGAUGGGUGGAUGAUGAAUCAAUGUGGACUUUUCUUUUAACCUUUGUUUU